AGAUCGAAACAUUGACAAUAUCUCCCUGGGGUCAUGAGUUUAUCCCCCACUACAAGUACCUCUUCAACAGCAUACGUUAAAGUUGUCAGGACAUUCCUUCUGCCCUCCCCUAUGCUCAGAGACCAUGGGAAGCGUCGGCAGCCUCAUCUCAGGUCACAGUCUUCACAGCAAGCACUGUCAGGCCACAGAGUACAAAUUAAAGAAAGCGGGCCAUCACCGGAAGACAGGCCGGAGCCUGGAUGGUCUACUGAAGUACAGCUUUGCACAGGGAUCCUCCAACCACACACCUAAAGCGAUCUCUCAGGCAGGCAGGAGUGAGGACUUCUUUUACAUAAAAGUGAGCCACAAGCCGUGGAUGACUCACCACAGAGGCAUCCCAGCAGAGGACCAUUUAGGAGAGGGACAUUGUACUGAUAUGGAACCAGACAGUAGAGUGCCACCUAAAUUGCUGCCUACAUCUGGGAAACUGGAGAAGGUGAGUCUCUGACUUGCUCAACAUACUUGCUCAACAUACUUGUCUGUGUCAAUAUUUCUGUGUUGUACAAUUGACAGCCAGGAAGACAAUUUCAAACACAACUUCAAGAUCAGACAAGCACAGUAGAUAGCAAACAAAAACAUUACCCCUGUUGAAACACCAAGCUUUGUGUUGUCCUGUCACGAUUCCGCCGAGCCUGCCCCACCUCCUGGUUCGGGCAGGCUUCGGCGUUCGUCGUAACCGGAGUACUAGCUACUGCCGAUCCCAUUCUCAUCACUCCACUUGUCAUGUCUUGUCAAUCACACACACCUGGCGCUCAUUCCCCUAAUUAGUAUGUGUAUAAAUGUUCCCUCUGUUCCCCUUGUCUUUGUGAGUGAUUGUUUUGUUGUGAGAGCGUGUAGCUCGGUUGAGCUACAUUUCACUGUGUUAUUGCCAAGGUGGAUGUUUUCCCUUGUACAGUGUAGUUUGACGCUUGGGGCGUUUGAUUUAUGCAAACGGAUUAAACUCUGGACUUCGGUAUUUUACCUCCUGCACCUGACUCCUUCUUUCACACCUCGUCACAUGUCCAGUCUUUUUAACCAUCUCCAAGGUUGAUGACUUAAGCAAUCAUUUUGAGUUUGGUUUUCAGCCUAACUGCAGAUGCAUGUAACCACACUCAAAGUCAUACACAGAGCUCGAUGCAAGGACUGACAGUCCAAGAGAUUUAAAUUAUAAUUUUAAACAUAUUUUUAAGCUAUACAUUAUUAGUUUAGAAAGACUAAAAUGACAGCAGAAACAAACAAUGGUGUAAAAUAACCUUAUACAACCUAAUGAUUGGGUUGGACAGUUGUACUAAGCUUAUGAGGCAUUAUAAGUGAUAUUCUUCAAGAAUGAAUGUGUAGGCUAUUUUUAUUAAUUAAAAUCAUAUUAAAUAUUGCAGAUUGCAAUGCCUUGAUCUUUUGUAAGAUGUCAUCAGUGAUGUUCUUCUCCAAACCCUGCUCUCUGAAUAGGCCUUUAUGCCCCAGUAGAAAAAGUGCUUUCCAGGGAUGAAGUCACUGGACAGGAAUGCUGAGUCCACAAGAUUACCACUCCCACUUCAACAGCGCAACACAUUAUUAAUAUCACAGAGUAGGACUAUUCAUAUUUUCUCAGACAGUACAACAGGGUGGAGUAGGAGGUUGGGUAAAACUGGUGGUGUUUCCAGACAGCACAGAUGGGACAUGUGGAAUAAACUCAUGUUUCACAUCUUUCAUGACAGUUUCAUGUAUUCUGUAUAUUCUUACAUUGCACUUUUACAUGUACAAAUCUCCAAUUUCUGGGUGGUUAUCUGUUCUCGUCAGCACUAAAUAAUUGAUUAUUCAUUGGUAGCACUAUUUGCUUACAUGAUCAUCUCCAUUGCUAAAAUGAAGGUUGAAAACCAAAACCAACAGGUUCUCUGAUCGACUAUUUGCUCUCCUUCCGUCUCUAGAAUAUUGAGAAAGCUUUGAUCCGGCCCACAGCCUUCAAGCCAGUCAUCCCUAGGAGCACCUCUUCCACAGAGACUCGCGACAAUCUCACCCACCUGCUUAUUCCCCCAGAAAGGACCAGAGACUCCCAGGGGCCCAAACAGGACACCUUUUCAGGGACACUCUCAGACUCUGGGCAGGAUUCAAUGUCCAGCCUGCCUACUCACAGCACCAAUGGAAGCCUCAGUGCUUCCACAGGCCCAUUGUCUCAGUGUGCAGGAGGCUCAGCCCAUGGCAUGACCCAUCCCCUGCAGCCCCCCCGCUCUACAUGGACCAAUGGGAAUGGCAUUAUUGCCAGUGCUAGGGUCGCAGCUCUAAGUAAUGGUGGGGCAGUGAAGGCUAACAGGGAUUCCAUCUCCAUACUGUCCACUCAGCAGCCUAUUCCUCUAUUGGAGGAGAUGGGAGGCUGUAAUCGCUCUCCCAUCUCAAUGGACGAGUCCCUAAUUGAGCUGCUGGAGCAGAGGCUGCUGGAGAGUGAGACAGAGCUGCAGGAGCUGCAGGUGAGCUUUGAGGAGAAAGAGGUGGACACUUGCCAGCUGUUUGAGGAGAGGCAGAGGUAUUGUGUUGAGGAGAUGGAGGGCCUGAAGCAGCGGUGCUCCACCAAGCUCAGGCAGGUCUCGCAGAGGGCCGUGAGGAACCACCAGGCCUUGCAGCUGCAGGUCAGUCAGCUGCAACAGGACAAGCAGAAGCUCCAGGAUGAUCUGGCCAGGAUGACCCAGGAGAAGGACCUGACAGAGGUCAAACUGAGGUCAUUUGAGAGGGAGAAAACCCAGCUAGAGCCCACCUUAGAGGAGACCCAGUGGGAGGUGAGUGUGGCCAGCAUGUGUUAUACAUUUUUCCUGACCACAUGGCCUUACCAUGAAAAUCAGGACCCUAGUUGUGACUGAGUGGGCCAAAAGUAUUUCCUGGUCAAGUCACUAGAAAAAACUAGUUAUAGGUACUGAGCACAUUGCACAGGGUUUGCACAGGCCAGAGAGUAUGUAAUUUCUAAAAUUUCUCGAAAGCAGCCAGUAAUUCAAUUGCAAUUUUUACUUUUUGCAUUCUUUACUAGGUAUGUCAAAAGACUGGGGAGAUCUCCCUGUUGAAGCAGCAGCUCAGGGACUCCCAGGCUGAUGUCACUCACAAGCUGAAUGACAUCGUCAGCCUCAAGGCCUUGCUGAAGGAGACUCGGGCCAAAAUGGAGGCAUUAGAGCAGCAGAACAAAGAACAAGAGGACAAGAUACGCUCUCACAGUGUGGAGGUCGAGGUAUUGGGUCUCUUUUGUUAAAAUAAAAUUAGAGAUAGUAUGAUAUGCAUACAGAAUAGAUUUCUUUAGUAAAGUGCGGACGCUACACUAGUGGUGAGCAUUUAAGUGUGAGUGACAAUGCUGAAUCUAGGUCAUUAUCUACAGUCGUGGUCAAAAGUUUUGAGAAUGAAACAAGUAUUGGUCUUCACAAAGUUUGCUGCUUCAGUGUUUUUGGAUAUUUUUGUCAGACGUUACUAUGGUAUACUGAAGUAUAAUUACAAGCGUUCCAUAAGUGUCAAUUAACUUCUGUGCCACAUCCUGACUUGCAUAAUCAAUGCUUGGAGUUUGUCAGAAUUGGUGUGUUUUUGUUUGUCCACCUGCCUCUUGAGGAUCGACCACAAGUUCUCAAUGGGAUUAAGGUCUGGGGAGUUUCCUGGCCAUGGACCCAAAAUGUUGAUGUUUUGUUCCCCGAGCCACUUACUUAUCACUUUUGCCUUAUGGCAAGGUGCUCCAUCAUGCUGGAAAAGGCAUUGGUCGUCACCAAACUGUUCUUGGAUGGUUGGGAGAAGUUGCUCUCUGAGGAUGUGUUGGUACCAUUCUUUAUUCAUGGCUGUGUUCAUAGGCAAAAUUGUGAGUGAGCCCACUCCCUUGGCUGAGAAGCAACCCCACACAUUAAUGGUCUCAGGAUGCUUUACUGUUGGCAUGACACAGGACUGAUGGUAGCGCUCACCUUGUUUUCUCCGGACAAGCUUUUUUCCGGAUGCCCCAAACCAUCGGAAAGGGGAUUCAUCAGAGAAAAUUACUUUACCCCAGUCCUCAGGAGUCCAAUCCCUGUACCUUUUGCAGAAUAUCAGUCUGUCCUUGAUGUUUUUCCUGGAGAGAAGUGGCUUCCUCACUGCCCUUCUUGACACUAGGCCAUCCUCCAAAAGUCUUCGCCUCACUGUGCGUGCAGAUGCACUCACACCUGCCUGCUGCCAUUCCUGAGCAAGCUCUGCACUGGUGGUGCCCCGAUUCCGCAGCUGAAUCAACUUUAGGAGACGGUCCUGGCGCUUGCUGGACUUUCUUGGGCGCCCUGAAGCCUUCUUCACAACAAUUGAACCUCUCUCCUUGAAGUUCUUGAUGAUCUGAUAAAUGGUUGAUUUAGGUGCAAUCUUACUAGCAGCAAUAUCCUUGCCAAUGAAGCCCUUUUUGUGCAAAGCAAUGAUUACGACACGUGUUUCCUUGCAGGUAACCAUGGUUAACAGAGGAAGAACAAUGAUUUCAAGCACCUCCCUCCUUUUAAAGCUUCCAGUCUGUUAUUCUAACUCAAUCAGCAUGACAGAGUGAUCUCCAGCCGUGUCCUCAUCAACACUCUCACCUGUGUUAACGAGAGAAUCACUGACAUGAUGUCAGCUGGUCCUUUUGUGACAGGGCUGAAAUGCAGUGGAAAUGUUUUGGGGAUUAAGUUCAUUUUCAUGGCAAAGAGGGACUUUACAAUUAAUUGCAAUUAAUCUGAUCACUCUUCAUAACAUUCUGGAGUAUAUGCAAAUUACCAUCAUAAAAACUGAGGCAGCAGACUUUGUGAAAAUUAAUAUUUGUGUCAUUCUCAAAACUUUUGACCACGACUGUACUUGGCCUCCAUGUUCAACAGCAAAGUGCAUUUUAUAAUGACACAAUUAAUCUAUUCCACCCCAGGUAUGCCACAAUGAGCUCCAGCGCAAGAAGAACGAGGCUGAUCUUCUAAGAACAAAGGUGGGCAUACUGGAGACAGACAUCAAAGGAAUGAAAAAGGAUCUGGCCCUUGCAAAAGAACAGAAGCAGCAGCAGAAGGCCAAACUGGAGGCCCAGGCCCAGGCCCAGCAGAGGUCAGACCAGAGUGGGGGGAGUGAAGGGUGCAUGAGCACUUACUCCCUCCAGGGAGAGGUGGAGAGACUGAAAGGAGAGCUCAGGGAAGAGAGAGAGAUUCAGGAGAGGCUGUCGAACAGCUUUGAGCAUGAGAGACAGACGUGGAACAAGGAGAAGGACAGAGUCAUCAAGUACCAGAACCAGCUUCAGCUCAACUAUCUGCAGAUGCACAAGAAGAACCAAGACUUGGAGAGAAUCCUGCUGGAGCUCACAGUGGAGCUGGAGAGUCGGUCGGAGCUCGACGUGGACAUCCACAGCUCAGGGUUUCACUAUGAGGAUAUGAUCGCCACAGAAAUUUGAGGGAGAAAUGCACAGAGAAUAAUAAAACAAUAUAAUCAACUGUUAUAACAGGGUAAUUAAACAAUCAUAUUAAACAUAUAAUUUGUUAUAUCUGGCCAGAAAACAGAUGAUCCAUUGCUGCCUUGGCAGGUGCAGCUUUUUAAAGGUUAUCAAGUUGGCUAACAUAUUGCUGCACAAUAUGACAGAAUUGGGGUCAGGUCUGACUACUAAAAUCACUGUAAUUCUCUAUGACUGUGUAAAGCAGGCUUUAAGCUUUUGUUACGUUACCCAUAGGGUUGAUUUCCCAGAAACAGAUUAAGCCUAGUCUUGGACCAAAAAUUAUUUUUGAUGGAGAUUCAAGACGAGGCUUAAUCUGUGUCCAGGAAA